AUGACAGAAUCUCUCGUGACCAAUAUCCGCCAACAAGUAGAGGACGAAAGUCAAGAUUCUCCUUUGCUUCAUUUGGUAUCCAACGUGGAUCGCUAUGGAAAAUGGUCAAAAUGGUCCAAGUGUGUUAGACGCAGCUGCAUUCGGUAUCGUUAUAAGCGGUGUGUCGACGAUUCCUGGAAGCAUGUCUAUCUAAGUGAUUUCGGAAAACACAAGUGCCCAAGUGCAUUCAUUGUGGCGACACGUAAAUGCAGAAAACGGGCUGCCUGUUUAAUACCUGAGACGUUCCACAACUGCGGGAUUCGACCGCUCUACAUGAACGUGGGUUUCAAAGUUGUGGGCGGAGAAAGCAGCUUUUCAAAUGCUUGGCCGUGGAUGGUUCGCUUGUCGAUCACAUCGACAUCAGACAAUACGGUGCGAAUGUGCGGAGGAACUCUGAUCACAUCCCGAUGGAUUCUCACUGCUGCGCAUUGUUUCUCCAAUCUUGUGAAGAAUGUUACAUUUGAUAGAACAAAUUCACAAGAAUUUGAUGGGUUUGUCUCCGCGCACUUUGCAAAUCACCGUGUGUCGAAGCUAGAGCAAAGUCAAAUGGAUAUUUUUGUUAAGGAAAUUGUGUUGCAUUAUGAUUUUAACGAAGGACAGGAGAAUAACGGUGCAGAUAUUGCAUUAUUGUACAUGGAAAAACCAGUUACAGUGCAUAAUGCUCAAUCCAUAACGACGGAAAUGAACUCAGAACAAAAAACUGUAACUGGGUCAACCAGAAGAAACCGAUGCUAUUUUAUCCUGACUCUAUGUUCAACGAUUCACAUGAUGCACUUCAAUGAAAUUUUAUGA